AUGGCGAAAGAAGGACCUAACUGGGAUGGUUUGCUUAAAUGGAGUCUCUCUCACGCCGAUGGUACUCGACCUACUCGCAACUUAAGCGAGGAGGAUCGGAAAUGGUUUACAGAGGCGAUGCAAUCGCAAACCAUAGAUGUAGUCAAGCGGAUGAAAGAGAUUACACUGGUAAUGCAGGCACCUCAAGAACUUUUGGAGGCUCAAGAAGUAACCCCUCAAGAUAUCGAAGGUAUGCUGGAUGAGUUGCAAGAACAUGUUGAAUCGAUCGAUAUGGCUAAUGAUCUUCAUUCCAUUGGAGGCUUGGUUCCUCUUCUUGGCUACCUUAAAAACUCCAAUGCUAAUAUCCGGGCAAAGUCUGCAGAUGUCAUAAGCACAAUGGUUGAGAACAAUCCUCGAAGUCAAGAAUCCGUUAUGGAAGCCAACGGUUUAGAGUCGUUGCUUUUGAACUUUACUUCGGACACCGAUUUGCAUUCUCGAACACAGGCGCUUGGUGCAAUAUCAUCUUUGAUUCGCGAUAAUGAUCCCGGAAUCACUGGUUUCCGGCUUGCAAAUGGUUACACUGGUUUGAGAGAGGCUCUGGAAUCUGAUAGUGUGAGAUUUCAAAGGAAAGCUCUGCACUUGUUGCAUUAUCUUCUACAAGAGAAUGACUCAGACUGCGAUAUUGCUAUACAACUCGGGUUUCCUCGCUUGAUGAUGUGCCUUGUGUCUAGCGUCGAUGCUGAUGUAAGAGUAGCUGCUCUCCGAGGAAUGCUCGAGCUCGCCAAAGAUAGAAAAUGCUUAACUUGUGGCUCUAGCAUAGAGAAAGACAAACUGCAACAGAUUCUAGAAGAUCGGGUCAAAGGAAUCAGGUUGAUGUCACAAGAAGAUCGCACAGCUGCGGAAGAGGAGAAACAGCUCUUGGAUUCACUGUGGAUCAAAUUUUCUAACAAAUAG